AUGGCUAUUCGAGUACCGGGAAUCAUGCAUGCUAAGCAGAUUUUGCGCCAGUCAAGCUUGAAAGCUAACAAAGCGAGUUCAACGUCUUCUGCCGGAGUUCCAAAAGGGUACCUUGCAGUGUACGUUGGAGAGAACGAAAGGAAGCGAUUUGUGGUUCCGAUAUCGUUUUUGAGUCAGCCUUUGUUUCAAGAGCUGCUAAGUAAGGCGGAGGAGGAAUUUGGAUAUAACUAUCCGAUGGGGGGACUCACCAUUCCUUGCAGAGAAGAUAUCUUCGUAGACCUCACUUCUCGACUGAAUGGAUUGUGA